AUGUACUUUACUUUGCAACAAAUGAGGAAGGAAAAAAAUGCGGACGAGAGAGGCGGACCUGCGGCCGCCGUCGAAGCUUUUGGCGUAAUCGUAGCGGAAGGUCUGCGGGAGUCCGACAUUAUCGGAGCCGAGGAGCCUCCGGCGGAGCUGUGUGGUGGCCUUGUAGAGCACGUGGCGCCAGCUGCCCCUACUGUUGCUGCCGAUUGCGGCGGCCUCCUCCUCGUUCAUCUCCAGAUCCGCCGCGAAGGUUGGCUUCCGGGCGAGAAUCCAGCCCCAACCCCGCUCCCACCAGCCCCGGAUCGAGCUGCCGGCUGCGGCGGACAUCGACUUGGAGCGGCGCAGCGCCGCCCACGCGGAGAUGGAAGACGGCUGCUGGAUCUGGAGGUUGAGGGAGACAGAUGA